GGGCGUGCCCAAUCCGCUUAGCGCCGUGCAGUCUUGUCGUGAGUGAGUCAAGAAAGCCAAGCCGAGUUGCAGUUUCCUUCCGAAAUAAUGACACUUUUCACCACAAGGGACGAGCCGAGGCCUAAUAUGACCCUGAGAUCUCGAAAACAGUUGACUUAACCUAUGAGGUCUUCUAUUGUAUCACAUUGUCAUCCGCUGACGAUGAAAAAACUUCUUAUAGGCUCUAAAAAGAAGAGUUGGAGAUGGAGGACUUUUGGGCUGUUGUGGUUUGGGCUGGGAGGAUCUGGCUGUGCCUGAUCAUCAGCCUCAUUAUGAUCCCUGCCAUGUUUGGCUUCUCACUGGGCAUCUCGGAGACCUACAUGGACAUCUUGGUCAAAAUAUUGGAGUGGGCCACACUAAAGUUGCAGAAGGCAACGGCAGAAGAACAUGCACUCAAAGCUUCUGCAUCCAGUGCUCUCAUCCAGAGGGAAGACGGCUCCAUGGAGAAAGAGUUAGAGGAACUAAGACGAAGUCGCCCCAAACCUCCAGUGGGCGGCGAUUUCACACUUAGCGACUGUUUCUAUUUCACCCGCCGAGGAAUUGAGAGCAUCGUGGAGGAUGAAGUGACCCAGCGGUUCACUUCUGAGGAGCUGGUGUCUUGGAACCUUCUGACCCGCACCAACAAUGACUUCCAGUACAUCAGUCUGAGGCUAACACUGGUCUAUGGACUUGGCAUUUUUGUCCGAUACUGCAUCCUCGCACCUCUCAGGAUAACUCUGGCCUGCAUUGGACUCACAUGGCUGGUCAUCGGGACAUCUGCAGUGGGGCUGCUCCCCAAUUGGAGGGUGAAGUUCUGGCUCAGUGAGUGGGUCCACGUCAUGUGCUACAGGAUCUGUGCCCGAGGCCUCUCCGCUGCUAUCCGCUAUCAUAACAGGGAAAAUAUCCCCCAAAAAGGAGGCAUUUGUGUGGCUAAUCACACCACCCCCAUUGACAUUGUGAUACUCUGCAAUGAUGCCUGCUAUGCCAUGGUGGGCCAGGUGCACGGAGGUCUCAUGGGGGUGAUCCAGCGGGCCAUGGUGCGAUCCUGUCCCCACGUGUGGUUCGAGCGAGCCGAGAUGAAAGAUCGUCAUCUGGUGGCCAAGAGGUUAAAAGAUCACGUGAAUGACAAGACAAAGCUCCCCAUAUUGAUAUUCCCAGAAGGAACCUGCAUCAACAACACGUCAGUCAUGAUGUUUAAGAAGGGGAGUUUUGAAAUUGGAGCAACAAUUUACCCCGUUGCCAUAAAGUAUGACCCCAAGUUUGGAGAUGCCUUCUGGAACAGUUCCAAGUACAGUAUGGUUAGCUAUCUGCUGAGGAUGAUGACUAGCUGGGCUCUUGUCUGCAAUGUCUGGUAUCUACCCGCCAUGCAUCAACAGGAGGGGGAAGAUGCCGUCCAGUUUGCCAACAGAGUCAAGUCAGCCAUCGCUCACCAGGGAGGACUCGUGGACCUACAAUGGGACGGAGGCCUGAAGCGAGCGAAGGUGAAGGAGUCGUUCAAGGAGCAGCAGCAGAAGCAGUAUAGCCACAUGGUGGUGGGAGAUGACGGCAGCAGUAACAGCGACUGAUGUCGCCAGGACCAGACACGCCCCCCACC